AUGACCAGGGCCGGAUAUGGAGCCGUCAUGGCAUGCGAUAUGCCUGAGCCCAUCCCAGUUGGAGCAGGCAAAAGCAAUUCGCCAGAUCUGCGGCCAGCACGCACACGGAUGUCUUCCUUCGGGGACGACAAGGACUUGGCAGACGAGCUCCCGCCAAACUGGGAUCUCAGAAGGUUCCAGGACAAGGCGAAGAGCGUCUUGAACGAGUACUUCGCUGCGUUAGCUGUUGAAGACACCGUGGCUUCUGCUGCGGAGCUGCUAGCAGCCUGCCCCUCCGAGGCGGAUGAGCUCGGGGUAGUGGCGAUGAAAGCUGCGCUCGACCGGGGAAAGGACGCGCCGUCCGAUAUUGUGCGGCUCUUGGAGGGACUGAGCAGGUCCACGAGCUUUGACCGCGCCGCACUGGUCCGCAGCUUCGAGAAAAUUUUCUGCAGAGUGGAGGACCUCAAGAUUGACGCGCCCAUGGCCGAGAAAGGAAUCCUGGAGAUCUUGCAGGGCUGCAUCGCGGCCCGGCCCCCAGCUGGCGAUUCCUUUUGA